AGUCCUCGUUCCUGUGUGUGGUCUGUGUUUUUUAGCAAACACUCCCCUGACUUACUCAGUGUGUUAAUAUUUAGCUGCUUGUUCAUCCAGGAGGAUUCUUAGUCGUCAGAGUCUUCAGGAGUUUGUUCAGAUUUAAAGAAAAAGACAAAGAGUCUCUGUUCUCCUGAACUCUGAAUGCGGGGCAGUGAUUUGUUUAAAAGUUGUAGAUAAUGUGAGCAGAGUAAGUGAGAGUUUGAAGAGAGAUUAAAACUCGGACGAGAGACUCCUGUGAUGGCGCCAGAGUGGCUGACUGUCAUCGUGGCUUCAGGUAAGAACAAAACCUUUUAUUUUUCUGCAUUAUCUGUAUUUAUCCUGCUUUUAAACUGGCUACACUAGUGUAAAAGGUAACACAAUUCUUUUGUUUCUACCAGCUGUAAACACAUUUGUGUUAUCAAGGGUUCCCUCAGGUUUUUAAAAAUAAAAUUUAAGUCUGUAUUUUCACCGUUUUUUUACCAUCUGCUGUGUUGAUUUAUGUUCCUCUGUUAUGUAAAACCUGGCAAAACCAGACACAUUGUUCCUUUGUACUUUGGUUUCACCAAAAAUAUAUUAAAACUUGACACAGCAACUUCACUCUGAUGAUCACCUUAAAAAUAAUGACCAAAUAUAUACUGUAUGGAUAACUGGAAAUCCUGAACGAGACCUUGGAAUCUAUCAUAAAAAUUAGGGAUCACACAAUUGAUGACGUUGGCUGUUCAGAUAUCACAGUGACACCUCAAAUAUGUGACCUCUCAAAAGUGAAAAUCUGACUUUUAAAGACAUUUUGAGAGCUGAAAGUGUUUAAAUCUAAUCCAAGACUAUUGGAAGACCCAGUGGUCUAUUUUACAGAGGGUCUAUUCUCCAUCAGACUGUUUAAUCAUCAGGAUUAAAACAACAACAUGCACUUAUGCCCAGGAAGAGUUUCAUGGUCCAUUUUGUAUCCAUGCAUUUGUAUAAAUAUUGUCUCUAAGAUUCAGGAUAAAAAGACAAGUAUGGUCAAUACUUGUCUUUUUAACCUGAAUCUUAGAUAUUUAGAUCUCAGCUAAAAAUUUUGCACAUUAUUUCUAUUAUACUUUUAUACCUACAGAAUAUACACACAUUUUACUGGAAAUUAGUAAAAUUUCUUUUGUUCUCAGCACAUUUUCAUGUCUCGUUUUUGUAUCUGUGAGUGCUUUAAAGUGUCUGAAUGUCUGUGAUGUUCUUUUUUUGAUGUUAUUGUCUGACUGUGACUUUAGCUGCCAUUAUAAUGCCGUUUAAUAAGAUAUCUAUCCAGUCCUAACCCUGUUUGUAUUAGGCUUCAAAUUAAAUUGAUACAAAGUAGGUGUUAAGGUUUAUUUACAGCAUGUUGUUGCAUAGAGCAGCCAGUCUGAGAGCCGAUCAGAUGACCUUUUAUCUUUAGAUUAAAAAUGUAUAAAAUUAAGUUAUGACUUCUUUUCUUUUUCUGAUGCAGUGACGGUUUCAUGUCCUCCUCUUCCUCAGGCUCCUGUGUAGCUAUUGGUUUGGUGAUCUUGAUGCUGGUGGUGGUUUUCUAUGGAAAAGACCCUCUCUGCUGCAGAUUCAGAGUUGACAGGACUGAACAAUACAGCGUAAGAACACAAUGAAUCUUAAAAUGACCAGAAAAUAUAUUCAGUGUGUUGUUACAUCUACUAUGAGACCUUUAUGGCUCAUUUCAGCAGGAUGAGGUCAGCUUUAGAAGUCAAAACUUGAUCCUGCUUUUUGAUUUAAUACACAUUAAAUGGAACUUUUCAAUUGAAGUUAAUUCUUAUGUUGAUGUUUCUGUCCUCAUUAAGCUCUCCUUCUUCUCAGAGUUUUGCAGCUGACACACCUGUAAACAAAUAAGGCAAACGGGACAGCUUUGAACACCAUUGCUACCAUCACGACCUCUCUUUGCUUAAGUAACCUUGCUGAAAUCAGAAACUCAUAGGUGCACUCACAGGCUCUGCUGCCAUUGUGUGGAUUGCAUGACAGGAUAUUGCAAACACAUUCCCCCAUCAGAGAAAGUUGGAUUCCUGUAGUGAUAGGUUGCUCUUACGUCAGUGUUGCUGUCAUUAUUUCCCUAAAAUGGGAUUUGAUAUGACAUGUGUGAUCUGGUCAUCCCUGACACCACAGCUGAGACUUAUUGACCUCCAUGAUGGCUUUUGAUCAAUCCAUGUAUUUAAUGUAACUGGCUAGUUAAAAUGUGAGGCAUAAUUUUCCGGGCUGCCAGCAUUAACGUAUGAAAAGAGAAAGGUCAAAAAUUUGCAGCUUCCACGCCUGCUGCAGCUGCGAUUAAACAUAAUCACAAUACUGCUUUUUUCUGUGUGUAACAGUGUUAACUUUAAAAAUAAAGAAAUAUGACCCCCAUAUUUUAGACAAUGAGCACCUUGAAACUGUCUCUACCUCUAAGUCACAGUUGCUGACCAAACUGGUGUAGCAGUGCAGCAUUUAUUUCAAUAAUAAAAGUAAUUGUCAUUAAACUAUAUUUCAGGACACUGCAGGAUUCACGUCAUAGUAAAAUCUUUUGAGAAGCACACUAAUAGAAUUUAAAGCAAUGCAUCAGUUGUGAUUUACUUUGUCAACUCUGUUACUAGUGGCAAUAAAAAAAUAACUCUUUGACAGCCCUAAUAAUAUCAUUUUUAAGUAGCGAACAGACUAACAAAUGAUAAAUAGAAAUACUGUAUCAUUAACUAAUCUGGAAUCAUGUAAAUCCUCAUUAAUAUCAUGACACAUGACUUCUCUGCCAAAAGCCUGUUUUUAUUUCCAUACCUUUAUAUCUGCGAGGAGAGCUGUCCUACAUUGGUUAAAGUCAUGCAACAUUGUGUGGAAAGAGAAAAGUUGAUUUGGGUUGAGUUGGCAGUGGUAGGAAAGUGAUGGUUAAAAAGAAUGGAAAUGGCAUUCCCAGUUUUUUCAACCAAUCAGCACACACACACUUCAUUGCAAUCUAACAUACAAUUCAUGUAAAGAUGUGGAUUUAGACGUCUACUCAACGACUGGACAAGAAAGCAUCGAUACCAUGUUUGUUCUUUUUUUUUUUCAAGUGUUUGAUUUAUUGAUUGCCACCAGCAGUAAAGAGAAUCUCAACAAAGUUUAAAAGUACUCACAAUCACUGACUUUCUCUGCUCCCAGGAUGAAGGUCAUCAUUACCACAGCAGGCACACUUUGAUUGGCGUGGCCCAUGAUGAGGAAGUUGCUGCUGUGAACCAGGGAGCUGCUGGAUCUCAGGUAGAAACCUGAUGAGGACUGAUUGUUGUGAAUAUAAGGAGUACAUAAGUGCUGCUUUCAGAGGAGUCAUGUUUGUUUCUCCUCAUCUAGCUUCCUGGAAGGCUGUUUAUAAUCGGGAAGCCCAAUGAUUACUAUCUGAGUGGAGGUCUGCCCAGGCUGCCUUCCUAUGAGAGUGUUCGUAAGAAGGACCGGCAGAGACAGAUCCACAGCAUGAUCUCACAGCGCUUUGGUCUGAGUGGCUGUCCGGAUGAGGUGAGUGGACAAGAUAAUAAUAAAAGGUUCUGUUUGAUUUUAUUCUGGUUCUCCUAAAGUCAGAGUGGACCGAUCAUCAACAUCAGGAAAAAACUGUUUGUGUGGAAGGCGAAGGCAAGCAUAAUCCAUCAGAAUGGCAGCUGUGCUUCCACUGGGAUUAUUCUGGCAGUGAUUUAUUUAGCUUAAUUGGAGUGUGGCCAACAAUUUGUCCUUAAUCAAACAUCCCAACACCCCAGAAAUCUGCUCACCAGAGCCAAACCGUAUAAUGAUUCCUGCAAUCCUGGAAUAAAUCUGAAAUGUUCAAUGUGAGCCCCAUUCAACAAAAGUUGAGGCUGUUUUCACACUUAAAUCUCAUUUGAUUCGUUCUGAUUAAGAUAAAUACAAAAAGAUAAAUUGCCUCAUUUUUUUCUUGUGCCAUUACUUUUACCUGCUGCAACACUGUAAAACCAAAAAUCCGCUAUGAAUUGGAGGCUGAAUAAUGCAGAGUACAAAGCUAGAAGUCUUGGCUGAAGUCAUUUAAGGCAAACUUCUUGUUAUGAUGGGCUGUCUGACUCUUAUAUUCCACCAUGACGGUGUUCAGUAUGUCUCUGCUGCAACACCAUGACUGUCUUGACAGUAUAGGUGAUGUCAUAUUCAGACAGUAGCCAGUUGGCUCCAAAAUUCACAGUGAACCGAUCUUUAUUCUCAUAGGUUUUCUCUUUAAGGAGCACCCUUGGAUAUUUCACAUACUGAUACUUCCUCUACCCAUUUUUUUAAUUCCAGCCCCCACCACCGUAUGAAGAAACCCUUCGCCAGUCAGUUGAAAUUUUACCCUCACACCUGCACUCUCUGGAUGCUCAACAUUUGGUCCAGGAUUGUUCUUCACAGGACACACAUGACUCAAACCAACCAUUCCCAGCACUCCAAGACCUGCCCUCCUCCUCCUCCUCCUCCCCCUCCUCUUCCUCCUGCCCAGCACACAGCUCCAGGUUUCUGUCUAUCUGAGUUUACUGCCAAGCCAACAGGAAGACUUUUGCUGUUAGAGCCAAGAGAGAGGGACUAUCAGGAGUUUCUGGAGGGGGGGGACUUCUUCUUUCAGACAGAGCUGUUGAUCUUGGUCUGAGCUUUUCUCAUGGUAAUGACUCUGAUUCAAGCUGUACACUCCAAGAGUGACGAUGACACAUCACUGCAUUGUUUGUGCAAUUACUGGUGGAUUUUAAGUGGUGUGUUUUCCAGGAACAGUCAAAUGAGAGAGGAAAAAUAACAGUAUUCUUCUUUAGAAAACAAGCAGAACAUUUGAUAUUAAAGUCUUUUCCUCAGCUCUAACAGAUUUGACUUGUACCAAUGAAAUCACUAAGUGUUUGAUAGAAAAGAUAGAACGCUGUAGGACACUAAAAAAUUACCAGGAUGUAUCUAGGUAUCAAACUGUCUGUAUCUCCUGAGGAUCAAGAAUAAUAGACAAAAUUUUCAGGACACCUCGGACAAAACUGCUACAACAGCUUAUUUCAUCUCCUAUAUUUACUUUUGGCAGAAAUGUAUCAAGUGAAACAAUUGUGCAGAGUUUAUCAUCUGGUAACCUUGACUUUCUGCAAAGAACAUCUCGAUACUGUGUCAAGAAGAUGUCAUUAUUGAAACGUAUAAACUUUGACCAGAAAGUGUCGCGAGUGGAUAAGAUUUAAAAAAAUGAAGAUGGUUUUAUCCUCUGAGAAUCUUAAAUAAAUGUACCAAAGUAGCAAUAAACUGCUGAAUUGUUUGAAUUAAACAUAAACUUUUUGGUGGAACAAGAGAAAUGUCUUUUGAUUAAGGUAUACAUCACCCUCAUGAGAACACAAAUUAAUUAAUCAACUUGAAACAGCAAAAGUAGUUUAAGCGUCCAGAAGUUAUCCUCUGGGAAUCCUGAAUUUCUAGACAUCAAGGUAACACACUGAAUGUCUUUUGAGAUUGAACAAAAGAAAUCAAAACCUGAAUGGCAUUGUCUUUAUGGCAAAGGACCAAGUGUGAGGUGAUAUUUUUGGUUAGUUGGCUUCAUCCUCUGAGAACCAUGAAUAUGUGUUCAAACUGUCAAGACCAUUCAGCCAUUAGUUAUUGUGAUAAUCUGGACAAGGCAUUGCCAUCAAAAGUGAUUUCACAUCUAGGUUUCACACACUGAAAAAGUAAUGUUUCUCAAUGCAGUGUACAAGGAUCAUCUUCUGAGGAUCACGAAUAUCAGUAUUCAUUGAAAACACUACCUUGAUUCUCUAAAUGUACACAACUGAAUAUCAUCAACAAUAAAACUUAGAAUUAAACUCUUGAUUGAUUGAUGAAUUUGGUCCUCAAUGAAUUACUUUGCACCAACAGCUUUUUGAUUAACUAUCAUGGUAAUGUGGACAGGCUGUCAUGGUCCCCAGAGGAUAAAACCAAGUAACUCUAUAAGCUUUUCCCUGAGCUUUAGCAGUACCACCACCUGCAGAUUAAAAUGCUUUCCCUUCGAGUUAAACUUAGUUGGUGCAUUGGGAUGAUUCUCAGUACAAAUAUUUGUGGUUCCCAGAGGAUAAAUCCUGCAAACUUUAAUUAAAAACAUUAGUCUUACACUCUCUGAAUGUAUACAACUGAACUGUUUAACAAAAUCAUAUAGUAUUCUGAUCCCUGUUGAUGUUAAUAACUGUUCUUGCAGUUUGGUGUCAUGAAAGUUUUUGACAAGCAGGCAUGGUCUCCAGAGGAUAAGGCCAAGUUGCUUUGAUACAAUGUUUUUUUUUAGACAUGCCACCAAGCAGCUGAAAUCUGUGGUUUUUUGUGCAUUUGACAAACUUUUAGAUGUAAACAUUUGACACAGUUAUUCAUGGUUCUCAGAGGAAGAAUUAAAAAAAUUUUAGAGUUUCCUUGAAUUUUUUUUUUUAACUCAACAGCAUGAGGAAACACAGAUUUGAUCCAAGACCACGAAUCAUGUGGAGUUUAAUCAGAAUCACCACUUUUGCCCUCUCAAAAUUUGUGUUUAAAACAAAAAAAAUCUCUGAACUUUAAUCUCUAUUGAUCUAAAUGUCGCAAUGGUUUCGACCAAGUAUUGCAUGGAUAAUCACUCGAGUUUCAACAGGUAUUCAGAGGCAUUUUCAAACUGGUGGAGCAAGUGACAGACCUGAUUAUCCCAAAAGAUUAAAACUCUGAGUUUAGUUAUUUUUACUUUAAAGCACAGAUUCUUUAAACACAACAUUUACACCCUGCAAAAGUAGUGUGUCUUAGAGAGGUUAAACAGUAACUUAUCACUGAUGACUGUUAGUUUGAGAGGUAAAGUACGACUGCAGGGUUACUCUUUAACCCAAAUCAAACACUAACCACUGAAAACACAAACCCAAUCUAGUCCUCCUGGUAUCUUGAAGGACUAGAUUGUAUUGUUAGAGUACUUUUGUGCAUUGGUUGAAUAGGUUUCUAAAUUGAUACUGACCCAGAAAGGGAAUAUUUUUGUAGUUAUUCAGUAACCACAUGGCCUGUAUUUUUUCUUCUUCAUGCACAGGAACAGUAUAAGGCAUCCACUUGCGUACAUAUCUCAAUAAAAAUACUCCUAAAUUUACCCUCUCUGUAUAAUCCAAUUAGACUGUGGAGUUUGCAGUGACCCAAGAGCAGAGAUUUAUUCCCCCACACACUCCUCACAUCAAUCACUCUGCUGGUUCUGCUUCAUGACAGCGUUCAAACCCCCGUCCACUGCACCAGCCGUCACCCACACUCCCUCUGCAUACCACAGCUGCUUUACUGGAAAACAAAUGAUCCUGUUUGUCUCCUCAUUCCUGCUACACGUUGGCAAAGUAUCUCACUGAUAAACUCAUAAUGCUGACACUGUUUGCACAGAAAAGUUUAAUCUAAAGGCAGGAUUGAGCAGGAAUGGUUGAGCACCUGGAGACAGAGAAAUCAAUAACAGUCAUAAGGGCUUUCCUAUCAGGUUAACUCUAAGAGCAGAUUGAUCCUUUAUACUGACGCAUAUGAGGGUAAAAUCAAUCAAAGGAGCAGAAUACAGUUAUGUGACAAUGAUUGUGGGACACCCUGUGGUCUGUUUUGGUAUUGCAUGAUACCGUCCCUUUAGAAAAAUGCAUUUAGGAUCUCCUUAAAUUGCUGUUUUAACAUUCAAUAGCUGGACUAUUUACCUAAUUUUGAACUCUUUUCCUCCUUUCAUGGGGAUUUAUGAUGAUUUCUGCCCAAAUUUAUUGUGUUAUGGGCACCUGCUGGAUUAUAUUAGCCUGACAGUGCACAAUAGGGCUUCAUCAACGUACAUGUUUUGGAGGUUCCCUCGUGAUAUAUCCUUCUCUAUAACCCACGACUGUCUGGGUUUGUGUCGGUCCUUCUCUGUAUAUGAUACCUAACACCUCCUCAGACACGUCCACAAUGUCCUGACACCUAUUGCAGCAUCCUGCACUAUUAAAUUUCUGUCAGAAUUUCCCUGACCAUGUAAAUAAAUGCCAGGAGUGAACAUUUUUUUGUAAUGACACAGAAAUCAGAUGAGAUCCAGACUUUCUCUGAAAAUCAAGAGUAGUCAACAACAAAUAUCUGGGAUUUCUUUCAUGGAGGUUUUUCUAAUGAAUUGAUUCAAGUCCCAACUCAAGUAAAGAGUAUAUAAAAUUGUUCUUUAAAUUUCUAUAAUAAAGAUUUUAUAUGAUAUGGCUGCUAAAUGUUAAAAUAGCUUGCUGCAGGUUGAGGCCAGGGAAGGAAGAAGACGUGAAAACACUCGAGGACAGAGUGACAAAAACAUUCGACUGAGUGGACAGUUUUUUUUUUUUAUUCCUAUGACUGAAAUUAUCAUCUAAUUUAACAUGAAGUAAAAUAUCUCAACUUCAUGGACUCUGCUGUCUGCUGCAGUUAGAAGAGUUCAGAGAUUGUGCACCAUCUUGUGGUCACUUCUGGGAGUUGCACUUUUCAAACCCUGGGAGAUUCUUGAAUUCUUGAACUUCAGUGUCGA